GGUUUUUUUCCAUCGUCUUCAAUUUUUCUGUUUUCGUGGUGCGUCGAGGGUCGGUUGUCGUUGCGCGGUGCGAGCCCACUAGUGGUCCAGAAACGAGAUCGGGAAAAGGCACAAAUCUUUCUUCUCUUACAAGCAGGGAUUUGCUUCUCUACGAUAUCGUCACCCGUUGCAGUUACUAUCAAUUCGACUUCUCUUCCUUCCAUCUUCGCUCCGGGAAAACAGAAGAAAGAAAAAUUGGAGGAGAUUGGACUAGAAGCCAUCUUCUUUCUACGAACAAACCCCAUCGCUAAUUCGCAUAUCACCGAAAGAAUAGUCAUAAUCCGCAAACAUGGGUAUCUCACGCGACUCCCGCCACAAGCGCUCGGCCACCGGUGCGAAGCGGUCUUUCUACCGCAAGAAGAGAGCGUUCGAGAAGGGUCGCCAGACCUCCAACACCCGUAUCGGCACCAAGAGAAUCCACCUGGUCCGCACCCGUGGUGGUAACCAGAAGUUCCGUGCUCUCCGUCUCGAGUCCGGUAACUUCUCGUGGGGUUCUGAGGGUAUCUCCCGCAAGACCCGUGUCAUCGUUGUGGCCUACCACCCCUCCAACAACGAACUGGUCCGCACCAACACCCUGACCAAGUCCGCCGUCGUCCAGAUCGAUGCCGCUCCUUUCAGACAAUGGUAUGAGGCUCACUACGGUCAGCCCAUCGGCCGCAGGCGCCAGCAGAAGACCGACGCUCCCGAGGAGAAGAAGAGCAACAGCGUUGUGAAGAAGCAGGCCGCCCGCUUCGCUGACCACGGCAAGGUUGAGGGCUCCAUCGAGAGACAGUUCGAGUCCGGUCGUCUGUACGCCGUCAUCGCCUCGCGCCCCGGCCAGAGCGGACGUGUUGAUGGAUACAUCUUGGAGGGUGAUGAGUUGGCUUUCUACCAGAAGGCUAUCAGAAAGUAAAAAAGGAAACCGUCAUGUAAAAGGGUGGUAUCGGAGUUUCAGCAAUUGUUUCCAGAAAAUUUUCAUGAUCUGGGC